AUGGUCAGCUUUGGCCGUAUAGCCUGUGUGGCAUUGCCAUUCCUACUCACGCUCGCUAGCUUGAUCGCGCUGUUGGUGGCUGGCCUCUCUGGCGUUACCGGCAACAAAGAUGGCAGCAUGGCCAUGUUUCGCAUCAACUUGACAGAUCUUCAAGUCCCGCCAUCGGCAUUCCAAGGUCUAACCCGCCGUUCUGCUAUGCCCGAUGAUACAACCACCAGCUUGAGCAGCAAGAUCGACCAGAUCGCCAAGGAGUUGAGCAGCGGUGGUUCCGAAAAGGCAAAGGAGCUGGGAUCCACUAUCCAGCAGAUGGCCAAGGACUCUGGCGAGAGCGUCAACCAGAUAGCCCAGCAGAUUGCGAACAAGACGGGAGUGAGCGCCAGUGAUUUGAUCACACAGGCUACGAAUGCCCUCUCCGGCAACGGUGUCAACAUCACCGCAUCCAUGAUUGGUCUGAACCAGCUAUAUGAUGUCAACCUUUGGAACCUUUGCUACGAGUCUACGGCCGGCAACCGCACUUGCCCGGAUCCCAAGUUCAACUAUGCCAAAGGAGAGAUUAACGAAACCCUGGCCGAGAUCAAGCGCCGAGCCGCUACUGUCAACACCCUCGCGGGAACCAACAUCACCAUCCCCAAGGAUGUCACCGAUGGUCUCAACACUUUCGCCGAGGUUGUCCGCUGGACUGAGAUUGUUUUCAUCAUUGCCACCAUUGCGCUCGGCCUCGCCCUUAUCCUCGGCAUCGUGGCUAACUUCAGCCGCGCCGUCUCUUGCCUGACCUGGAUUAUCCAGGGUGUCGCCACUGCCGCUGUCAUUGCAUUCGCAUCGCUUGCGACCGCCACCGCCGUUGUCGUUGUCGGCCUUGUCGAGGGAACUGCCAAGAUUUACGGUGCUCGCGCAAACUUCAACAGCGGCUACCUCGCAGCCGUUUGGAUUUCGGUCGCCUUCUCCAUUGCCGCCGGCGUCUUCUGGUUGGCUACCGUCUGUUGCUGCAAGCCCGAUGACCGUCGCUCAAAGCGUAACUCGGAUGCCGAGAAGCUUGUCGGCUCAAACAACUCCUCAUAUGCGCCUGUUCAGGGUGGCAACGGCUACUACAACAACAACAACACCUCUUACGGUGCUCCGAGGUACCCUCAAGGUGGCCGCUCCGAUUCGGCUUAUGAGCCUUACUCUCACGCUCGUUAA